UUAAUUGUUUGAUUCUGAAAUUUGAGGUUUAUCAGUGAUGGAGAAUAUUGAUUCUUCUUCUAUUGAAGGAAAGGAGGAAGAAGAGCUGAUGAUGAUGAUGAAUUUGCCGCCGGGAUUCCGAUUUCAUCCAACCGAUGAAGAACUCAUCACACACUACUUAUCAAAGAAGGCUAUGAACAACGAUUUCUCGGUCAUUUCAAUCGGAGAAGUUGAUCUCAACAAGGUCGAGCCAUGGGAUUUGCCUUGGAAAGCGAAAAUGGGGGAGAAAGAAUGGUACUUUUUCUGCGUGAGGGAUAAGAAGUAUCCGACUGGUUUAAGAACGAACAGAGCUACGGAGAAAGGAUACUGGAAAGCAACCGGGAAAGACAGGGAGAUUUUCCGGGGGAAAUUGUUGAUCGGAAUGAAGAAAACUCUGGUUUUUUAUAUGGGUAGGGCUCCUAAAGGAGAGAAAUCGAACUGGGUCAUGCAUGAAUAUCGUCUUGAAGGAGAAGUUCAAAGUCACGAAUGGGUUAUUUGUAGGGUUUUUCACAAGACUGCCGGCGGGAAGAAAAUACCCAUCUCAGAUUUAUUUCCGAUUAAGAAUUCAACUAUCGCCGCCGUUGGAACGCCCAGUCCUCUUCCAUCAUUGACGGAUCAGUCCUCCUCUUCUACUGGUUUCGCGGCUGACGUACCUUGCUUCUCCAACACCAAUCAAUUAGAUAUCAAAGAUUACAUCAUCAAUCGUGAUUUCUCACCAGCACCACCACCGCUGCCGCCACCACCUUCUUACUCAAUGAUGAAUCCGAUCCAACAAUACCCAGAUCAGCCUGUCAUUCAAGAUCGAACCUUCAUGACGAAUUCAGUGAAUUACAACAGACCUAACAAUAACAUGAAACAGACCAUGAAAACAGAGUUUGUGAGCUUGUCUGAUCAGGAUUCAUGCAUGGGCAACGACGACAUCCCGGUGUUGUCGCACUGGGAAACGGGGCGGCGGUCAUUUCAGGGUGCGGAUAUGUCAACUGUGCAAAUGGGUUCCGGUGGCCUUUGGUAUUUUGACCCUUGAUUCAAAUCCAAAACAAAAUGGACGAUGAUCGAAAAUCAUGACCAGCUAUUAUUGUUAUUAUUUUAUUAAAUAUACAAUAUCAAAAUACACAUCAUACAAUGAUACAAGGGGGUGUGAAACAAUUGGCUGUUGAAGAUGUUCCUCUUAUUGAACGUCAAAAUGAGGAUGCGGUUGAGGAUUAAGUUCAAGAUCAUGAUCCAAAACUUAUGAUUGGUUUUAACCGGUGG